AUGGUUCCGCCGUUCGCCUGGUCCUUCUGUACGACAUUUGAAAGACCUGGGAUCUUAGGAAGAGAUCCUCCUCUCUCCUCGACCACAGCUCCUCCCGUCGCUCGAAUCGCCCGAGUUGGUCCGAGACAGGACUUUGGGACUCCGAUAGCCCCGUCUCGCUGCCAGGAGGCCAUCGACGUCCACUUCUUCCCAUCCCGCCGCCCGUUCCAACUCUCUCUUCCCGAUCGCUCGCAGCUCGACGCCGGGACGCGCUCCGACGGCGAGGCAUGCGCGUGUGGACGCUGCUGGGCACCGUCGUUGGGCACCGUCGUGCACCUGCUACAUCUCGCCACAGCGUACCGAGACCCGCCAGCGGACGAACCGCUCCUCCCCCUCUUCCCCCGGUGUUCAUCGACCUCUGCGCCGCCAACACUCCACACAUCGCUCGCGUCGCUCCUGCCAGUCCUUCCGGCGCUCGCUCCUGCGCCAGAUCACACCCUCCUCGUCACCCUCGCGACGCCAGCGUUCAAACCGCUUUUGUUCAACUGGCUUUGCUUCCUUCGGUACAAGGCGCGGUGGGGACAGCAGGCGACGCACAAUGAGCAUGGCGAGCGGGUGGAGGAGCCGGAGGAGGAGGACGAGACUCCCAAGGUGCUCGUCGUGACAAGCGAUGAAGAGCUGGCGUACGAGUUGAGCGAGCAGGGAGUCGUCGUCUGGUGGGUUGCAGGGCCGGACUGGUCAGAGUUUGACGCGGCGGAGGACCUGGCAGAGGACGAUCCGGUCAAGUGGGAACUGGUGGAAAAGGUCGAGCGUGCCAUCAUGGACGACCCGUUCACGAACCUCCGAUUACUCGACCUCCUCCUCCCUUCCCAGCCAAACCCGGACGACGACGCGACUCGCGUCAUUCCCUGGGGUACACUCAAAUAUCAGAGCUUGAUGCUUGAACGGACGGCAGUCAUGAGCACCCUGAUCGGCGCACUCGUCGAGAGCCAGAAGAGCAUGCCGUUGUGGCGGAAGGAGCAGGACGCGAUCUGGCGGGAGCGGAUACUCGCGCACGAUUGGGAGUCGGGACCGAUUGACGUCGAAGGGUUCAAGGGCGUCAAGGGCGUCCUCAUGGUGGACAACGACGCCGUCUGGCUCUCCUCUCCCUCCGCCUUCAUAUCUCACUACUAUCGCCCAACGGGACCCUUCCCCUCCAUCGUCUACGCCCCCGACAUGAACCCCAACACCCAAAACGCUUGGGGCAAGCACACCAUGCCCUGCGCGUGCUUCUUCUACUCUCGCGUCUCGGAUGCCGGCGCCCAACUCGCCGCUCCUUCUUCUCCCUCCGCUCAUCCCGCCGACAUGUACCUCUACUCUCCCUCGACCGGCGCGGCGAAAGUUUGGCGCGACACGGCGCUCUGCCACAUCUCGAUGCUGCUUCAAGCGCUCGAGACGGGCAGGAAACAGUCGCAGUGGUAUCGCGCGAACGGCGCAGACUGCGACGGCGACCCCAACUCGUCGUCGUGCAACCCGCAGCUGUACCUCUCGCCCUCGGUUGGCCAGCUCCCCAAAGCUCGCGCGCCGAGUUUCCAGGCGACCGCGCUCGGUCCUGCACUCUUUCUCGCCGAACAGGCGCUUCCUCAUCUACCCGAACUCAGCCACGAUCGCUUCAUGCACGCUCUCGGCUCGGCAGAUGUCGACGACUUGAACGAGAUCCUCGACGAGGCGGGUCUCUCGCUCGAUGCGUACGCCGGCACGCCAAAGGGCAAGACGUGCCUACAACUCGCACAAGAGUAUCAGUCGAUCUGCCCCGUCUCGCACGACCCGUCCGCCCACUCCUCCCUCACGAUCUCCUACUUCGACUCCUUCGGCCCAUACGCCACCCGCCCACAUACUCCCAUCCGCAUCGAGCCCCUCCCCUUCGACCUCUUCCCGCCCGGCAUGCGCUUCUUCGACGGCGGCCUCGAGCCCGGCGCGCGACCGUGCGUCGUGCAUGCGAAUUACGCGACGGGGAUGAAGAAGGAGGAGUUGUUGCGCGAGAAGGGGCUGUGGGCGCUCGAGUGGGUCGGAGACGAGACGCAAGGAGAGUGGAUGUGCGAUGCGAGGGUCAUGAAGGAUGCGUAG